CCCCCCGGCUGCCUUGGCUCGCGCUCCUCGGUAGAAAGCAAGCGCUGCUACUUCUCUGCUGAACCAGAGCAUCCAAAAAAGUCUGGAAUUUAAAGAGAAAAGAUCGCAAUCUGCCCAUGCGGAAAUAGACGGAGAUUUCAUGUCACCCAAAUUGCGUCCGACUGGUGGACUGGGAACCAGAGUGUUUACUUCGGAAAUUAGGAUUUAAUUUUAAGGACUCAAAAAACAUACUUUUCUUUUUUUCCACAUUAUUUACACCAGUUAUAUUGGUACAUAUGCGUGCAUAUUUGUGUCGGGGAGCAAGGUGGACCUGAAGGGUUUCUUUGUUUUUUUUUCUCAGAGAAGCAAAAGUGUCUUCAGUUGGAUCAAAGUGAAUUUUCACAUCGAGAAGCAGCAUGGACGUGCUGGCGAAUUAUAGUAUUUUUCAGGAACUCCAGCUCGUGCAUGACACGGGCUACUUCUCCGCGAUGCCUUCCCUGGAAGACAGCUGGCAGCAGACGUGCCUGGAGCUGGAGCGGUACCUGCAGACGGAGCCCAAGCGUCUGUCUGAGCUCUUCGAUGAGGGUCUGGAGGGCCUUCUCACGCCGGCCUUCCUGAAGGGGGACAGUGAAGAUGAGCUGUCGGAUCCGCUGGUGCCCGGUCCGGCCGAGCGGUCCGGCACGCAGACACAGCCCGUGCCACAACCCCCCCCCAGCGGGGUCAACGCCGCCCAGCUGAGUGCGGUAACAUCUCUCACGCCGCCUUCGUCACCGGAACUGGGCCACCACCAGAUUAAACCACCACCACUGCCCGCGGUGACACCCACCGUAUCCGCCUCUGAGGGGACACUGACGCUUAAGCUGGUGGCCAAGCGGGUGGGGCUGGCGGGGGCCAGGCUGGUAGCAGCCCGGGCGCUGCCUUCACUCACGGGCCACGGCGUGCUGAGCGAUGAGGGCGAACAGGAUGGACCAGGGGUCCUGCCAGGGGGAGGCGAUCUACCAGAGAGCAAGAAGAGAGUCCAUCGCUGUCAGUUUAAUGGCUGCAGGAAGGUGUAUACCAAGAGUUCCCACCUGAAGGCCCACCAGAGGACUCACACAGGUGAGAAGCCGUACAAAUGCUCGUGGGAAGGCUGCGAGUGGCGCUUCGCCCGCAGCGACGAGCUGACGCGGCAUUACCGCAAACACACCGGCGCCAAGCCCUUCAAGUGCAACCACUGUGACAGGUGUUUUUCCAGGUCAGACCACCUGGCCCUGCACAUGAAGCGGCACGUCUGAAUCAGCGCGCGCGGAUGUUUGUGUGUGUGAGCGUGAGAGAGCGAGAGAGAGACGACGAGCAGAGUGGGGAGCGUCGGCGCUCCGUUCAGGGAGGACACCCGACGAAGACCAUCUCGGGGGGACGUCGGAGGGCCGUCCAGAAUGCGCCGAGGCGGCAGAGGGCAGCGUGACGGAGUGACAGCUAACGGGCUCGCCUUUAACAUAUGCACACAGCCCAACCAUCUCCCUUUCGUCAGCAGAUUAGCCAUGCCUUACCUGGCUGGAGCUGGGAGUCAGACACUGCCAAGCAAUUUUGCUGAUCCAAGUUAUUCCCCAUUUACUGUUUUUUUCCAUUACAUAAAACCCAGAGAGACUUUGGAAAAAGAAAAGCAGAAAGAACAUUUGCAGACGUUGAAUGUCAGCUCACGGAAGUGGCGGGACUCUUGAGGUUUCGGUUAAGGUCUUAGGAUAAUUCUUUUGUGAUUUUUUUUUCCCCUUCUGUUUUCCAACUCUCAUGGGUCAUUUUCACAGUCUAAAAACUGCAGUUAUCUCAACCACAAAAAAGGCCACUAGACUUAACAUCUACAUGGAGAAGCGUGGCAGCAGAAGCCUUGGGGCACUGAAGCCGAUGAGGGGGAGUGUUUAAAGGGCAGGACCCCUGUUCUCUCACCGUCAGGCGUGUUACCCACCCGGCAGACCCAAGAUCGGCACAGAAGCACAUUCUCACCUUUUAACAAAGCAGCUCUCAUGUCUUUUAUUCGUAAUUUUAGGUAAUUAUGUCUUAAUACACAUUUAAUUGUUUGCUCUCUUUCCGGAAGGCAGAAUGUCCACAUAUGGAGGAAAAUAUAAACUCUGCAAGAAAAACAGAGGAGAUGAAAGGAAACUUUGAGGAACGGCUUCAUGGUUUCUGGCACAAAAUGAAAGCAAGUUCUGUUUUUCAUUUUCUGUUCUUGAAUUUUUGUCAAAACAGUUGUCUACAAAGCAAACUUUGGACAGGUACCAUAGCCAAAAUCCCCACUGGAGAGUUAGACGAAGGUGUGAUGCAGGCUGGCACCAGUGACUCGAACGUUUGUCUUUGAACAAGGUGCUUAUCCAUGCCUUCGGGAACUAUAGCACCCCCCGCUUGGCCAGCAGGGCAAUGCAAGUUUCAAAACUGUUAACAGUUUCAAUGUUGCCUGUGCAUUUUUCAAACAGGAAGAUGAAGACUCAUGAAAAACCCAAAAAUACAAAAAAAAAGAAAACUGGUCACAUAUACAGACAGGACAAUUUCCAUGCUGGACGUGCAUGGAGGUGUUAGGGGUUAAGUACACACACACAAUUCAAAGCAAAACACUGCAUGGUGAACUCACGUACAGAUUGCUACAUACUUUUCCUGUCCCAGAACUUUCACAGUAGAAUUUUAGGGUUUUUGUUAUAUUACUUGGGACUGUGACUUUGGAAUUAGAAAUGAGCACAUUACCACCUUUUCUCCUUUUUCACUGUAACACAAAGCAUGUUUCCAGUUAAUUCUAAUGGCAUUAUUAUGAGUCCAUUAUCAUCACCAUACUCUGCUAUCUUGUGGUCAUCACCAUACUCUUCUUUCCUCCUCGUGGUCAUCACCAUGCUUUGCCAUGAUUGUCAUGGUCAUCACCAUGCUCUGUUAUCUCAUGGUCAUCACUAUGCUUUGCUAUCCUUCUCAUGAUCAUCACCAUGCCGUGCUAUUCUCCUUGUGGUCUUCACCAUGCUGGCCUUCUUGCCGUCUUUACCAUGUUUUGCCAUCCUCCUUUUGGUCAUCACCAUGCUCUGCUAUCCUUCUCAUGGUCAACAACAUGCUGUGCCAUCCUCCUCAUAGUCUUCAUUAUGCUCUUCUAUCCUUCUUGUGGGCUUUACCAUGCUCUGCUAUCCUUUUUGUGGUCAUUACCAUGCUCUGGUAUCCUGCUGAUGGUCAUUACCAUGCUUUUCUGUCUGUCAUGUGGUCUUCACCAUGCUCUAAUAUCCUUUCUGUGGUCUUCACCAUGCUCUGCUGUCUUUUUUGUGGUCUUCACCAUGGUCUGGUAUCCUUCUUGUGGCUGUGACCAUGCUCUGCUAUCCUUCUCAUGGUCUUCACCAUGCUCUGGUAUCCUUCUUGUGGUUGUGACCAUGCUCUGGUAUCCUUCUCAUGGUCUUCACCAUGCUUUGGUAUCCUUCUUGUGGUCAUGACCAUGCUGUGGUAUCCUCGUGGUCAUCACACUCUCUGCUGUCCUUCUGACUGCAUGGACCUUUGCAGAGAGGGCAACCCAUGCUGGAUGUAACCGAUCCUCCUGGACAAUCCUGUACAGCCUUCAGGGAGCAGUGCCACCCAGCCUGGCCAAUACCAAAAACCUGUAGCACGUACCUGCCAGCAUGUGGUGCCAGGGUCAGGGGUCUUUCACAUGGCACCACUGCCCCCUGUGUGCCCACCACAAGCAGACCGACAUCCUUUCUCCACGACUUGCCACGUACAUACCUAUUUCAACUGUCUGUUUUUCUACUAAUAGGAUUGUUUUCUUCAACACUAAGAACUUAUGCCAAAUUUUUAUUGGGAAGUGGGGUAUAUUUUCUAUGUUUACAUACAAUGGAGUUGCCAUUGUGGCACUGCUAGUGCGGGAUGGCGUGCAAGCCUGUGUCUGUGUGUCUGUGCCCAGAUGUGGUGAUGGUCGCUGUGGUAAUGCUUCUGCAUCACUAUGGUCUUGUGGUGGCAUUGCAGUGAGACUGUAGUAACAUAUGUCCUGGCCACCUGGUCAGAACAGUGAGCUCCUUGAUGCUGUUGGCCUUGUUGUUCAUUGUACUUGGACUUUACCUUUGACUGCCAAACAGAGGAACAGUCUCCUCUUUCAGAUCCACCUUCCCUCUGCUUAUUUAUGUAGCUUGGUAGCUUGUGCCGACACUGUCAUCCUAACCCUCCAAGCUGUACAUGUCAGUCAGUAUCUGUUCCCAGUCUCUACUGCCCAACGAUGCCAGUCUGAGUUAUGAUGAGUAGCAUGAGGUUGCUGAAGGGGGAAUGUAGCUCUGACCUUGGGGAUAUCUUUUUGCAGAGUAGUUAAAUGCUGAUUGGGAAAUCCCAUCCAAUUUACCUGUUUGUCAAAGCAAUUCCUGUCCUUGUGCAACUUGCGACACCACAAUCAUUUUGUGAGCGUGGCCACAUAAUUGUGGUCUCCCUCCAUCCAGGAACAUCUGUGACUGGUAACCACAUUCCUGCACAGUUUCCUCCAAAGGGACAGAAAUGAUUCAAGUGAAUGUGGUUAUGGAUAGAAGGGAAGGCUUUAAACCAACAGAAAUUGUACAAAACAAGGCACUAGCAACCACACACAAAACAGUCUGUUAGCCUACUGAGAAAAUAGAUUUGUCUAUUUCCAAGGCAAGUUACAAAAGAGAUAUUAAGACAAACAAAUGUCCCUCCUAUUUUUGGAGGUUUGUUAUGUGUCCUGUCCCAUCAUGUCUGGGGAUGAUGUACGAAGGUUGGAAUCACCUCUCCAGGAAAAAUGCACACUCAUGCAUUACACAAAAAUGAGCCAUAACAUAUAGUAAUUGGAGAGUGAAGGAACAGGUGACGUUUGACCAUUCUGUGCGACCUCUUCAGUAAAUAUAAGUGGAACAAAUCCACUUGCUGCAAAGUUCGUGCUGGAAUUGUAUCUGGUUCUUGAAAGAUACAGUGACAGCAACAUUCAGCAUACCAGACAUACAGACAAAGUGGUCACUUUGACCUGAAGGUACCAGGCAGUGGAGGGGGGGGGGAUUUUGUGUUGAGCAUUUAACUGAUAAAAUGUUGCAAAAUAGCACAGACACGGAGUCUACAUGCAGGAUGCACCUUACGAAGCAGGACCAGAGGCCCAACACUUCUUGUCUCAGGGUCCUGAUGUCAUCUGGCAUUUGGCAGCUUCACACCUAACAUUCCCACUCAAGCGCCGGGCAGAGGCCAAUGAUGUAAGCUGGUUAGAUCCACCUUAAGCGUCUGGAUGAGUCUUUUUGAGUCGGCGAAUUGCAACACGAUUAUACAACACACACCAAGCGUAUCCUAGCACAGCGUGUGAAAGGCAGCGAACACCUUCUCAGCCCGAUGGAGACUCUGUUGGCCCACGUGCUUCGGGGACCAGAUUCAAACAGCGCACCCAUUGGCUGAGUUUAAGUUGAAAGUGCUGUCGGCUGUUUGGUUCCGGUUGCCCCUGAGGUGGAUGGUCCGUUAGGCCGGGUUCCCAGUGCACUGCAGCGGGUUCCACCCAUCCACCUGCCCUGCUCAUCCUAAGUAAGUUGGUUCCCCACCAGCGUUUCUCCAUCUUUUGCUGACCCUGGCUGCGCGUCGCAGAUGGAGCAUCUCCGAAGAUCCGGCCGAUCUCCUCAGCUUCUCUGUGGCCCUCGUUUCACGGCCAACAGCAGCGUCUCCCACAGCAGCUCCCUCACAUUCCGACUGCAGGCUCUUUAACCAGCCAUUCCGCUUCCAGGCUGGACUUCCCAACACCAUUCACGGCCCCUUACUGGUCAGAGCCCCCUGAGCUCACAUCAUCCGCUCUCAGCUCCUCACCUACCCCCUUCUCACUUUCCCUCCUUUUUUAUUUGCUGUACAAAGUGUUUAAAAUAUUAUUUGUAUUAUAUGAUGUUAGUAUGGUAAUGUUCUUUAUUAAGGAAAAAGAAGAAUUUAUUUUUGUUACUGGUCUGUUUCAUAAUUCUUUUUUAAAUUGGUAUUGUAAGAUAUCUAUGCAAGAACCGUUCUGUGGAGCAUUUUUAUUUAAGAAUGUAAUAUGUGUAAUAAAUGGUAGAAUCUA